AUGAAAACAGGAACAUAGGUUGCCCCUGUAGCAAAUAUGGCCCAGGCUCAGGCCCUGGCUCUCUUCUCGUCCUUGCUGACCCUCUAUGUCUCUGAAGGAAGUCCCAAGGUAUGGGUGCAAGUCCAGAUGGAGGCCACCAAGCUCCUAUCCCUCUCUCUCUCUCUCUCAAUUCGCUGUGGUUUAGGAACUGACCUCAUCUCUCUGGUAACAGUGAGCUGGGAAGGAUUUGUUGAUGUCCAAAGGACCAAACUAGCUGUGUUACAUCCAGAACUUGCCACCCAGCAGUGGGUCCCUGACUCCCAGGCCAGCUGGGAAACCUCCAACAGUGUCUUCCUCACUCUGACCCUGGAACAAUCGAAAGCAAGAAACUCCCUGGCCAACACCACAUUCUGCUGCGAGUUUGUUACCUUCCCCCAUAGCUCCAGGGUUACCUGUGGAGAUCUGCAGAGCUCAGAUCCAGGACUCUCUGUUCUGACUCUUCAAGGAGACCUGGCUAGGAUCUUGGGAACUUCAGGGUUUCUCCUGCUUGGUUUCGUCUUUAUACUAUAUCUCCUGUGGUGGUGUUUCAGUAAAUCUCAGUCAUCUGCCACCAGCACCCAGGCACAGAGGCAAGCUCAGGGUUCACUGCCCUCCUGGCAGCCCAGUCCCAUCACUGCCACGCCCUUUGAAGCCUGUGCCCAAGACCUUUCUUCCUCAACCCAAGGCCUUGCACCAGGGACUAGCUACAAUGGCUGUGAGACUGAAGGGAUUGACAACAGCACCACCUACAUUCUCCUCACCCUCUCCAGCCCAGCUGUGCCUGGACCACCUGCCCCCAAGAAGAGGCUGCCUACUCCAAAGUGGGAGUGA